AUGGCCGACGCUGAAGAAACGCCCGCGCAGCGUCAAGCGCGAAUCCGGCGGCAGAAGCGCGAAGCGAAGAUCACAGGGUCGGCGACGGAGAGACUGGACAAGAUUACACGGCUUAGUGGGAGGACGCCGGAGACUAUGCGAAAUGAGUCUUCUCCCCCAACACCACUUCGCUCGCCUACGCCAUCACACAUACCUACUCCCGGCGGGACGCCAGACUCUUCUGCGACGCCGGAACAGUUGAAGGCGCAAGAGGAAUACUUACGAGCACUCUUGAGACAGCCAAUGCCACAGGACGGGCAGGAUCAAGCACAACAAGAAGAUCCUAUGAUGAAGAUGUUACAAGCCAUGAUGGGCGGGAUAGAUGGGUCCACCGAUCCAAAUGCUCCUGGUGGGAUGUAUGCCGGGUCGGGGUUAUCACCGGAGAACGUCUCAAAAGCAACGGGUCUCCCACCUUUCUUGACCAAUAUGAUGAUGGGUGGACAAAAGACGCCACCCACGCAGGCGGAAGUGCAGGCGACGCGACUGUGGAAAGUGCUGCAUGUCAUUUUCGCGAUCAUGGUAGGGCUGUAUCUGGUCUUCAGCAUCAACAAAGCAACCGAAAUUUUUGGCGAGAAUCCGCCGGCGCCAGCGACCUUCCAGAAUCCAUUUUUAGUCUUCGCGACUGGUGAAUUGCUGGUUCAGAGCACCAUGGUGGCGACCAAAGGCCAUUCGGGCAAAAGCGGGACUGGAGUGUGGAUACAGAUGGGCAAGGAAUUUAUCGGGGACGGUGCGAUUGUGGUAUUCAUACUGGGUAUAGCGUCCUGGUGGAAAGGAAGUGUAUAG